AUGAUGGCUGAUCGUGAAAGAAACGAUAGUAAGAAAAACAAUCUUUUGUGUUUUGUGAGCACAUCUAACUUUCUGAAUUUCAGGUCUUUUGGACGUCGUUUUUUCACGUGUUCAACUUCCAACUGUGAACACAACGACUACAACUACUCACAUUUCGGAAAGCCAUCACCAUGUUGAAUCUCAUUUUGAAUCAACAACCGUUGUGAGUUUCUUAAUGUAAAAAGUUAUAGGAGGGAUUUCUUGAAAAUAGGAAUAGAGAGAAUGGUUUCGUGAAUAUCUGGCGUUUAAUUAUUAUUUUCUUUGUGGUGGAACUUUCUACAGCUUUAAAUUUUCAGUCUAUCCUAAUAAUGAGUUAAUUUUAUCUAUCAUAUUUAAUUUCCAACUAGAAAAUUUAUAGAUUAAAUGUUCGAUUUUCUUUAGAAUGAACAUAUGUCAAUCAGAACCGCACCCAGGUAAAAAGUGAAAAGUAUAAUAUUUUGUGAAAUUCAAAAAAUAGUAUUAUUUCGAACUUUUAGAUAAAUUAACCUCUUAUUUCAUUUAUACAUUUGAUAAUUUUCAGGAAACUCAUCACGAAUCCAUCACAGUUGGAGGAAACUUUGCGGUGAAUUUCAAUCUCUACUUUCCAAACCAUAUAUUCUUUUGAUUUUUCAGGAUUCUCAUCAUGAAAUUGUUGUUGGAGGAAAUAUUGGGGUAAUCAUUAUUUUUCCAUUUUUGCAUUAUGCUUAUUUUUAUUUGUGGGCUUCUAAUUACAUCAUCGAUAAGUUAACCAUGUUCUCUUAUCAAUGAUUUAUCAUCGAAAACUAAAAACCAACAAAUGCUCUUUGAAGAAGCAAAGACACAUAAGGUAAAAUAAUAAUUGAAAAAUAUUUGCAGAAUUUGCACGAUGAACAUCAAAAACAGGAAGAUGAUGCAAGAUCCGAGGUACUAAACAUAAACUAGAAUAGGAAAUAAAUAAAACAAGUAUUUUUUUUUUUUAGAUUUCGGCAUUGUCAAAAGCUACUUCGGUAUCUGUACAUUCAAGUGUAUCUCAACAAUCAGCCAGGGUGAGACUCACAUUUUUAUAUUUUCUUGGAGAAAGAUGAUUCACAUACAAAAUAUUUUCUAGGCAUAUGAUCUCCCACCACUUCCACAAUAUGAUUUUCCACCAAAGGAGAACAGUGUGGUUGGUGGAAUCACCAAAACUUUGUCGGAAACAUCUUCAUGGUUGGUUUAUUUAUAUUUAAACCAAAAUCGGCUUUAUUGAAAUUAUUGUUUUUUAGUUCAUCAAAACAUUCGAACGUUACUCAUGAUAGUGAAUCAACAAUCACCGAGGGAACUGUUGUUGCUGAACCAAUUGUAAGUUUCCAUUUUCUCCAUAAUUUAUCAGUUCACAAUCAUUAAAAAUUAAUAGGUUGUUGGUAGCAUUGGUAUCGAACCCUCAACUCCAUUGGCUGUUGGUCAAACACCAGAACACGAUGCAGUUUUGGAGCAAUUCAUUCAUGUUCACGGAAGAACCGAGUCAACUGUUUCAAGUGUUGCGCCAAGUGAAGAUUCGAUUGCGCCAAAUCAUUUGACUGAAUCAAUCAUUACUUCAGACAAUGUUCAUGUUUUGAGAAAAAAUACCGAUUUGGAGCAUAGUGAAUUUAUCACACCUGUUUAUUAUGAUGCUCCACCAUCGGUUCAUGGAACUGCUUCAGUUCACGGAACAUCUUCUAUCCAUAGAUCAGUUCAUGUUAGUUAUCGCAAAGUUUUUUAAGAUUUCUAAAAAUUUGAUAUUUCAGGAACAUCAUAAUCACGAUCAUUUUGACAAUCGUAGUGAAGAUUCGUUCGGAUUCGAGCAUGUCGAAUACACGGAUACUCACUCCGAGCAUCACAAUCAUAACUUUGAGGAACACGUAACUCACGUUGAAGUGCACCAUAAUCACCCUCAAAAUAUUGUUGUUGGUGAGACGUUUGUUACCCAAGAGUCUCCUCGGUAUUCCCGCUCAAAUACCGCUUCAACCCUUCAAUCGCAUCACAUUCAUGUGCACCAAGCUGGUCCAAAAGUCACCGAUCAACUUCGCUCGGCGACUGUUUCAACCAUCAGCGAAGAGGAUCAUCAUUAUCAAGCACCUGUCCUUGCCUAUGUUGCACCCCUCCCAACAAAACCAGCACGUACUCACGAACAACACCAUAAUUAUAACGAUGUGAUCAAGGAGACCACAGUUGUUCAUGAGCAAAUGAGCGCUGAAUUAGGUAGCGGAUCUGAAACGCCAAACUCUGAUAUAUCACUUGAUCUUGUAGGUGUGCAUGCGCUUCGCGCUAAAUUCGAGACUAGGCCACACAUUGUCGAAGCUGUCGAAGAACAUCACAAUCACCAAACUCAUAACUACGUUGAAGAAGAAGUGCAUAACCACAAUCACUAUCAUCAUAACGAGGAUGUUCAGGUCGGCUUUUCAGAAGAGGAGGUCCAUUACGACAUUCCAUAUGAAACACAAACAGUUCACCUUGAUAUUCUUGAUCAUAAUCACGAACAUUUUUCCAUAGUCAGCAAUAAUCAACAACAUCACCAUUAUGUUCCACAGAUUAAAGUGAUAACAGAGUAUAGGCAUAUAGAUCCGCGCCAUCAUUACAGCGAAUUUGUUGAGGGAGGGGUUGUUCAUAGUCCUAUGAUACAGUCUGUUGACUAUUUCAAGGAUAUUGAGCGCGCGCAUAAUUAUGUGCCAAGCACACCAACAUCACCCUUGAAAGAUGUUCGUCAAGUGUAUCGUUAUCAUAACUAUAUACCAAGUUAUGAGAUACAAGGAGAACGAAAAAGUCGAAGUGUUGAAAGACAACAUCAUUACAUCCCACAAAGCCCGUUGGUUAUUGAGAAUAAAACUGCGGAUGUUCAUAAACAUCACUACAUUCCACUUCGGUCAAAAUCUGAAGAGACACACCAACAAAACAAUACUCGGCACAAUUACAUCCCACUUAUUGAACAUGUUAAAGUAGAUCAAAAACGGAGUGAGAAACAUUCUUAUAUUCCACUUUCUACUCAAUCCACAAGUCAUCAACAAAUUGUUGACCAUCGGAAACAUCAAUUUGUGCCUCAAUCUCACCAUAUUGAAAAACAAAAUGUUGAUCUUACUCAUCAUCAGUUUAUUCCAAAUACCCAAGUGAAAAAAUCAGAGAAUGAUAAGAUAACACACGAGCACAGUUUUAUACCGCUUGCCACUCAAGCCAACACAGUUCCACGUCAUUCCCACGACUUGAUCCAAAAUCAUCAGUUUGUGCCUCUUUUGACAGCGAACGAAAAAAAUAGUGAUAAGACAUCGAUUCAACAACACCACAGUUAUAUUCCUUUGCCAUCGAAAAGUGAACACGUUUCAACAAAAGAAGUUCAACAUAAUCAUCAAUAUAUUCCUCUAAUUUCUGCAAAUUCAGCAGCUAAUCAAGUUUCCGAAAUGCCAAGAAAUCAUGGAUAUAUUCCAAUCACCUCUAAUUAUGAGGAUUAUGAUGAAAAAGUUGAUUUGCAACACCACAACUAUAUCCCACCAAUUGUUCAUGGGCAACUAAAUAAAACUUCUGUCGAUAUUCAUUCUCAUCAAUACUAUCCAGUUAUUCCACAAAAAGAAGUUGUUCCUCGAUUGCCAAGAAAUCAUAAUUAUGUUCCACCAAUUAAUUAUGCGCGAAGUAAUGAUUUUUCAUCUCAAAAGUUUGAAAGAGAACAUAAUUAUAUUCCAGCUUAUCAAAAAGCUUCUGAUGUUCAACAUCACCAUCAAACUAACCAACAGCACAAUUUUGUUCCGGCGAUUCCGCAACGAACUGUUCAUGAGGUAGUGAAAAAUGAGCACAAUUUCAUUCCCGCUCUCCCGCGUCACCAACAAAAUCAUCAAACUAACCUCGCUUUGCACAAUUAUAUUCCAAAAUCCCAAAUUUUCUCCUCAACCCGAACACAACCAAUUCUUGAGCAUUCCUUUGUUCCACACAUUCCAAACAGAGAACCAAUUAAUGCUGAAAAAUAUGAAAGAAAUCAUGGAUAUGUGCCAAGUUUGCAGAAACAGGAAAAUGUUGCAAAAGGUCAAAAUCAAUCACAUAAUUAUGUUCCGGUGAUAACAACAACCAAGAAAAAUGUGGCAACUGCACAAGAUAAGCAUAAUUUUGUGCCACCGAUAACAAAAACCAGUAUUUCAAAAACUUCACCUUCCAAUAAUCAUCAUAAUUAUGUUCCAGUGAUUCCAAGAAACCAAGAAAAUCGGGAAAUUAUUCGACAUCAUCAAUAUCAACCUCCAAUGACAAAACAAGAAGGAUUGAAAUCAAGUGUUGUGCAAAACCAUCAUUAUGUACCAAGUAUUCCACAAACUCAGGAAAUUAACACAAUUGUUAACGAUCACCAUCAUUUUGUUCCAAGUUUGCCGAAAAACCAAAAUGAUAAUCAAGAAAUAAUCCGAAAUCAUAAAUAUCAGCCAGUUAUAUCGAAAGUUGAUACAACUUCCAGAAAUAUAAAUUCAGAGCAACAUCAUUAUGUACCUUCAAUUCAACAAGCUUUGAAUAGCAAAACAUCAGUUGAUCAUCAACACAAAUAUGUUCCACCUAUGGAAAAGAAAGAAAAAGUUCCACAGCUUGAUCGACAUCAUAAUUAUGUCCAGAAACUGAAUCAAACAGCUGAUAAUCGCGAAGUUAUUAGAGAUCAUCAUUACCAACCAAACAUUCCAACUCGGCCGACUGCAAACCAUUCAAAUCAAACGGAAAAUCAUCAUUAUGUGCCGACAGUUCAGAAAAAGGUAGUUGAACAACCACAAUUCGUGUAUGCUCAUCAUUUUGUGCCACAAAUCAAACAGAAAGAAGAAAAAGUUGAAGUUGAUCGUCACCAUAAUUAUGUUCAAAAUCUCAAUCAACAUGAAGAGAAACGAGAAGUUAUUCGAGAUCAUCACUAUCAACCAAAUCUUCCAACUAAAUCAUCUGCAAAAUCAAUAACUUCUAAUGAACAUAAAUAUGUCCCAACUGUUCAAAAAUCUUCAAUCGAGAAAAAUUCAAUCAAUCACAAUCAUCAAUAUGUGCCACAGUUAGACAAAAAGGAACGUGUUCCUCAAAUUGAUCGUGCUCAUAAUUAUGUUCAACGAAUCGAAAAUUAUAAAGAUAACCGUGAAAUUAUCCAUAAACAUCAAUAUCAACCAGAAGUUCAUCAUUCUCCAAAUGAGCAACCUUCAAUUGAUCAUUAUCAUAAUUUUGUGCCACAAUUUGAGAAAAAAGCUCGUACUCCUCAAUUGGAUAGAGAUCACCAUUAUGUUCAAAGACUCGAACAACAAGAUGAUAAACGAGAGAUUAUUCGAGAACAUAACUAUAAACCUGAAGUUGUUUCAAUUCAAAAUUCAAUAAAUGACCGAAGUCUUCACAAUCAUCAAUAUGUUCCACAAACCAAAGUGAAAGAACAAAUUUCUCAAUUUGAUAGAGGACAUCAUUUUGUACCGGAACUUGAUAAUCAUCAAUUUGUUCCAAAGAAAAAUCAGAAUGAAAUUAUUCGAAGUAUCAUUAGAGAACAUAAUUAUCAACCAAAUGCUCUGAAAUCUUCAACUGGAAACAUAAACUCAAAUGAGUCAAUCUCAAACUCCAACCAUGUUCCAAACUUCUCAAAAAUCCCAAAACUUUCCGACGAACUCAUCGAAGGCACAAAGAAGCCUCGAAAGUUCCCACAACAAAAAACACCUGAUGAACCAUCUGAUUAUAUCCUUCUCCAACAACCCAAACAAAUUAUACCAAUCUCAAAUGAGCCAACAUAUGCUGGCCCAACCCCAAAACCUCGACAAUCUCCAAGAAAAUAGAGUAUUUUGAGAAAUUCAUUGAAAUGUUUCUACCCGAUUAAUUAACCCUUCUCUAUAAGUAGGUGCUUUUUCUGGAACAAGUUAAUGAGAUUCUGAUUUGUAAAACGAACAUUUUAUUUUUUGCAGAAAGCAAACUCUCAUGUUCAAAUUGGUGGCUCAAGAAGAUCAACACUUCAAAGUGGUUACCACGAGAAUCGAUCAAAUGUUCCUUCGAGACCAGCAAGCGUUGCUAGCAAGGUAUUUUUUCAAAUUGAAAAAAAAAAAGGAAAAAUAAUUUCUAGCACACAUCGCAUUCUCGAACUUCUUCUGUUAGUACCGUUCGCCCAAUCGCACCAGUUUUGCGUAAGUUAACCUAACUCAUUUUGUUAAGUUAAAAAAACCUCCAGGUGUCCAACCAAACACUCACAACAUCUAUGGCGAUCAUCAAUCAGUCCGCGUUGUUAAAAAUGUUCGAAGCUUUGUGAAUGAAUUUGGUGCCUCACACAACACUCCUCCACCAACACCAUUAGCUGGAAUUCCAAGAUUGUCCAAUUCAUCUCGUCCAACAUUGUCACCACAAAUCUUUGAAGCUUCGAAACCGAGCACUCGCAAGAGUUCAGUCUGCUCAUCGGUCACAUCAAAGACUGGCUCAAUUAUUGUUGGCGGAAAUAUUGUACCAAAGUCUCGUUCAUCAACUAUUACCAAAGAAAAUGUUGUGAGUUUGAAAAAAAAAGACGUUUGAAUAUGUGACUUUCAGUUUUUUUUUUUGAAAUUUCCCAUUUAUGAAACCUAGCUUUCAACCAAAAUGAUAACGAUGUUCAGCACAACCAUCACAAUCAUCACGAUAAUUCUGAAGAAGAAGAUGUCGAGUUUGCACGUGUGUCAGAUGUUCGCAAGUUGUUUGAGGGUUACGGUCAUGUCAAUCUUCCGGAAUAUGCUUCCUCGCCAUCAGCUUUGAUUCAUUAA